UAAAUAGGGUGAGCGAGUUGUGCAGCUGUUUGUGCUGCAAAGUGGGAUCUGGUGGUGUUGAAAGGGAUCGAGUAAUAUGUUGGAUCUAAAGCUUCUCCUUUGCUUGUAAUGUGAUACAGUCACUUCAGACCCAGUCCAGUCACCACAGCACCGGCUGGGACUUUUCAGUUGGGAAAGCUGCUACUAGAAGUAACCUACACAGGGCUUCUUUAUUAUUCUACACCAGUUUUUCUUUGUUCUGGACUUUUAUAAUCAGCUUCUCUAAAUCACCAUCAUAGAAAUGUUUUAUUUAGCAUCGGAAAUUGAAAACAUGAUGCAAGAGAAAAAUCGUUCUGCAUGGUGCUAUACAGCUGAGCAGUUGCAGAGAAUGUGGAUAGAGCGCCCUCUAGUGCAUUGUGCAUAGAUUUCUCCACAUAUCUUUUUCUCUUCUACAUUUGGAACAAUGGCGUUGGGUUCUUUUCCUUCUACAAAACAUGGCAUACAGGAAAGUGAAAGAUGUGACUUUCUUAUAGAACUUCACUACAACUACACAGGAAAAUUCCGUCAAAGAGGCAUUGACUCUGAUCAGAUGAGCUUUACUAGCAUGUUGUUCCUAGUUAUCUGUAGUUUAAUAGUGCUGGAAAAUCUCAUGGUGCUUAUUGCUAUAUGGAAAAACAACCGAUUCCACAACAGAAUGUAUUUUUUUAUUGCCAACCUUGCACUUUGUGACUUAUUAGCUGGGAUAGCAUACAUAGUAAACAUUCUAAUGUCUGGGAAGAAAACAUUCAGCAUCUCAUUGACUGUGUGGUUUGUCAGAGAGGGCAGUAUGUUUAUUGCUCUUGGAGCGUCAACGUUCAGCUUGUUAGCCAUUGCUAUAGAACGACACUUGACAAUGAUCAAAAUGAGACCUUAUGACGCCAACAAGAAGUACCGUGUAUUUCUUCUAAUUGGAACAUGUUGGCUAAUAUCAUUUUCAUUAGGUGCCUUGCCAAUCCUUGGCUGGAACUGCAUUAACAACUUACCAGACUGCUCCACUAUAUUACCCUUGUAUUCUAAACGAUAUGUUGGAUUUUGCAUAAGUAUCUUUAUAGUGAUUUUGUUUGCAAUAGUCAUCCUCUAUGCACGGAUCUACAGUUUGGUUAAGUCAAGUAGCCGAAGAGUUACAAAUCAUAGUAAUUCGGAGAGAUCAAUGGCACUACUCAGGACAGUAGUUAUUGUUGUGGGGGUUUUCAUAGCCUGUUGGUCACCUUUAUUUAUUCUUCUCUUGAUAGAUGUUGCCUGUACAGUUAAACAGUGUCAAAUAUUAUAUAAGGCCCAAUGGUUUAUCGUAAUUGCUGUCCUCAAUUCCGCCAUGAAUCCUGUCAUCUACACACUUGCAAGCAAGGAAAUGCGUAGGGCAUUCUUUCGCCUGGUAUGUGGGUGCUUUGCCAAGACUAAUGGAUCAAGGACUCUACCUAUUCAACCAACCCCAGAUCAGAGCAGAAGUAAAUCCAGUAGCAGCAGCAAUUCCCCAAAACAUAAAGGAUUUACAAAAACAACUCUUCAGUGCAAAGAUGAAAAAAGUGAGUCUUCAUUCCAGAAUGGAAACUUUAGCAAAUCCUAAAGCAUGCAUUCUACUUGACUUAUUUUUAUGACCAGAGUGACAUGCUCUUAAUGAAGGGUUUAAAAACUGUUUGCUGGAUAAAAUGUACAGUUUUCCCUGCACUUAAAUAAUCAGGCGUUAGUGGAAAGCAAAUCGUAACCUGCAUAUUUAAUGCAUGUUUUUAAUAACUUUUUUCAAGUGGCCAGGAAGUAGCAUAUAUUGCAUGUUAGGCACAUUUUAUAUUUUUACAGAUUAUGCAUCAAAAUUAUUAAAACUAUAUAAACAUGGUGAUCAAUUAUAUAAAAACAAAUACUAUGUUUUUUUAUUUUAUCUGUGCUUCCAAAAGAAAAGUUAAAAUGGUGAAGCCAUGAGUAAUGAUAUCAUACAAUAACACUGCUAAAUGUUUAGGUACACAUACUUAUGUGAAAAUGUUCCAGAACUAACAAUAAAGAGCAGCAGUGUAAGUAUGCAUCACAACUGUAUGAAACAUACAACACAUGUGUAUUAUUGUACUGUAAUAGAUGCCUUAAAAUACAUUACCAUCUAGAAGCCAUUAGUAACAUCAAAUGGGGUUUUGUGGUGCAAACUGUGUUUGCCUCUAUCACAGUUUCUCUAAAGGGAUAUUAUUGAUCUCUUAUUGUGGGGCUACUUGGCUACACCACACUAUAUAGAAGCUAGUCUAUUAUUAAUAACAAUUACCAUUAAUUGACUAAUGUGUUUCUUUAAAAUUACAUUUUGUUUCUUGCCAUGUGACAAACUGUAGAAAAAAUACAAGAAGCUAAUUGGCCUGUGUGAACAAGCUUUGUAGGGUUGUCAAAAUGAAUUUCACUUAAAAUAUCCAGUGGGUUUACUUCACGAACUAUAUGAUAAGACCAAAUAGGAGCAGAAAAAAGUCAACUAAAAAUUCCCUUUAAUAAAGAUAUCAGUUGCAGUAAACAGAGUAUCCGUAUAGCUGCUAAUAGUAAGUUACAACAUAUUAUGCACUGUUUUUCUAUUUUGACUAUUCUACAAUUCCUAGCAUGAAUUUUCAGUCAUUUCUCUGUUAAAUAGCAUAGUUUUAUUGUAGGCUUUCUUUUCUUUGAGUAAAUUGCAAGACAAUCAGGGUUCUUUGAAAUGUGCAAUUAUAUAGCUACGUUUAUGAAUAAUUUGGUCAUUAGGUCAACUCCCAAUUAAAUUGAGGAUAUUGACUAAAACAAAUUGGAUGCAACUUCUGUGUUACUUCAAUAGUAUUAUAUUAGUAUGCAUAAAUAUGAAUUACUUUUAUAAAGUAAAAUAACGGCAUGCUCAGAUUAUUUCACUCAAGUGACAUGCCUAAUAUAGGUUAAAUGCAAUGGUAAAUUGUAAACUUACAUAGUCCUUUUAGUGUAAAUCAAAUGAAUAUAUAGUUCAUUUCCAAGGGUAAAUGCAUAUAUUUCAAAUUAGAACUAUGUCAAGUUACAGAAGGUGAGUUAAGUUUAAAAAAAACAAAACACAUCCAUAAAGAUAUGUCCUUUUCUUAACCAUUUCACUGCCACAGAGGGUUGUAAACAGCCAGGACAAUACAAGUGCCUGUACAUAUUAUAGGUAUAUACAUUUGAUAGUAUUUUGCUAUUGCAUAUUAACCUAAACUCUAUCACUAUUUAUGGCAUGGAUUUGUAAAUCCACAUGGAAAAAUUAAACUUUCAUGUAAAAAAUCCAGUUUAACAUCUCUUAUUGUACAAUGUAUAUAUAACAUGCUGAAAAUAAAGAUCUGAUUACCAGAUUCACUUACUGAACAGAUCAGUAAAACAUUAAUUUGAGUAUAUUUUAUAGCUAAAGCUAUUAACAUUACAUUAACAGGAAAUUGUGUAUAUUUGUAAAAUGUAUUUGUGUAUUUAUUUUGUAUUAUGGUAAGCACAUUAAACUACAGUAUAGUGCAUUUCAGCCAAUGUAUAAAACGGACUAGAUUACAGUGGUCUAAAACAUUUCCAAGGCAUGAAAUAAUGCUAAUAGAUGGUAUUCUAUUUGGAAAAUAUGUAUUUUUAUAAAAUAAAAUAAUAAAAAAAUCAAAUAGUAUAUCACUAUUGUUAUAUAUUAAAAAUAAAACUAGCAUAAUAUAGCUGUGAAAUAUACAUUUUUUUACAAGUAUUAUGGAAUAAGAUUCAUUUAUUGUGUAAUAUUUUUUUUAUACUUUUCUGAUUACAGAACAUGUAAUGUUCGUUAUCUACUUUCAGGAAAAAUGUUGUCCUUUUGUUUCAUGAUACAAAUAGUACUUAUUUCAAGAAAUGACUUAAAAAAAUAAAGUUGAAAGGCGAGUACAACAAGCAUUUCAGCCCUGCAUAGGUUAAAAAUGUAAUAUGAAACUAUGCAUGCACCUUAGGAAAUAGUUUAUAUGGUUCAUAAUUUAUGUAACUGACAAAUCUCAGUCACUUACAUGUGUUAAUCAGCUUUUUUUUUUUUUAAUAGACCUUUUAAUUUAUUUUUUUUAGUGACACUUUAUAUUUUGAUACAUUAGUAUUCAUCAGUUCACCAUAUGUAAAGAAUGUCUUUUUACUUUCCAUAAAUAAAUCCAUCUAUACAAAUAAGGAAA